GGCCGCUGGCUCCGCGCCCUGUGCCACGACUACUCCACCUCCGCCCGCGAGGCCCUGGCGGGCGCCCGCCGCCGCCCCGGCGCCACCCUGGGGGUCCUGAGCGCCCUGGGGGCCCUGGGGGUCUGCGCCGGCUCCGUGCCCGACCUGCAGUCUCUGGAAGGGGCGGCGGUGGCGGCCGGGGGGGCCCUGGGCCGGUUGCCCCCGGGCUGUCGCAGCCCCCGGGCCGAGCGUCGGGUGCUGCGGCUGCUGCGGCUGCGGGAGCGCGGGCGCCUGCGGGUGCUGAGCCUGGGGGUGCUGGCCCUGGCCCACCAGGACCCCCACGGCGCCGACCCCGCGCUCUACGCGGCCACCUGCCCCCACCUGAGGCCCGGGUGGUUGGGGGGGGAUUUCCUGCUGGACGUGGGGUUCCUGGGGCGCUGGUGGGGGCUGGAGGCGGCGCUGCGGGACUGGGACGUCAACGACGAGGAGUUCGGGGGGCUGCCCGAGCCCCUGAGGAGGCUGGACCCCCAAUCCCUGCGUUCAGAGCGCAACGAGAGGCUCUUCCUGGAGAGGCUGCGGCCUGUGGUGCUCAGGGACGAGGACAUCGAGGGCGAGGGGGGGCACUGAGAGACCCCCGGGCACCUCCCCGGGUCAGGAGGACUCUGAGAGUAAUUUAUGGUUUAUUGGGGUGGAGGAAAUGUGGGGGAUUUGACCCCAAAAUUUGGGGAUG